GAGAGAUAAACUCGUAAAAUAAUGUAGUUAGGUAUUAGCAACUGUAAAUACGCUAAAAACAUAAAUCACAUGGACUAAGGCAAUCUGGCAGCAGGGAAUGUGAUAAAUGUCCUACAGUAUUGGCUACAAGAGUUCAGGAGGUGAAUAUAAUUCAAAGGAUUUAUUGGUCAGAAUGAUGAUUCGUGUAAAUGGACAGACCAAUUACGAGGCAGAACUAUGAAAAUACAAUAACUGAAAUCUCGGGAAUGAUAUCUGAAUAAAAGUGUAGCAAAAUAAGACAAUCAUCCUGAAUAUUUCAAAGGAAACUACCACAUGCAUAGAGAGAGGAUCACAGAAAAAUGAUGUGACGACAGCUUGUCUGAAGAAAAAUGAAGUUACUGUGACAUAAACGUCUAAAGACCUAAGAGAGCCCUUAUUAACACGAAUUUUAGAUAUUUUAACAUCUGGAUUAGCCCUUAUUCAGACUAGAAGGUGAAGGGAUUAUCAAGGAUAGUCAAAGGUGAUGACGAUUUUUCAUAGUUUUCAGAAAAAUCAUAUACAACAGAUUUAAUACUGUGAAUUUAAAUCUAAACUCAUCAAAAUGAACACUAACUGGAGAUAUUUCAUUAUUGCCAUUGUGACAUCAUAUCAAGUUUGUGAUGUCACACAGGGAUUUGGGGACAAUGGCCGAGACAACUCACAGUGCGGGGGUCAAGAGACAUCAUGUAACACAGCUACACAACAAUGUAACAACCUGUUACAAGUUCAGAGCUCCGUCAUCAGUCUUAUGACAAGCACUCACGAGUAUACUAAACAAAUCGCAAAACUGAAUGAUCGAUUUAUGCAACUUACAGCUGACUUUCUUGAACUACAAGCCCAAGUAACAGGCCUCAAAACUGAUAACCAAAAGGCAACAUUAGACAUUGAUGAGCUAAGACAUCAGAAAACAACCCCGGUGGAUCAACAAAAACAUC